GUUCCCCACGUCGUGGCUCACGCGACGCCCAGUACGUUACCCAGAAGGCCUCUUGCCAUGCCCAAUGAGAGUCCAGGAAGGGCAUUUGUGGGCGGGCCUUACCGACGCUCGCCCAAUGGUAGCGCUGGUGGGGCGGGACUUCUAGUGGGUUCUGACCCGGAGCCUUCGGUAAUUCGCUGUUCAGUCAGCACCUGAAGAAAGGAUCUCCUGACCGGGCGACUCUCCCAGCCCACGAACGCGGGAGCCCGUGAGAUUUCGCCUUUGUGGCCUGGAAAGCGCCCUGACCGCCAUGAAUGUCUCUUGAUUGGUAUGUGUGGCCGCCGAGCCUUCCGCGUGUUGGCGUCCUCCAGGACCUCCGACGGAGCCUGAUCCCGGGCCCGCGGCGCCCUCGAGUCGUGACUGCUGUAUGGAGCGGGAGAAAGGAGGUUCAGAAAGCCGCCAUGUCCAGGUCUUAAUCCAGCGUAUGGCCAGGCUGCCGUCAGGGCGGACAGACGAGGCACAGAUGAGGGAGGGUCCCCUGGUCUUCCCUGUACGCUGACCACCUCCAGCUGAGAAGUCCCCGCGGAGUCUGCGUUCCUAGAGCCCGAUGGCUUUCGAGGAUGUGGCCGUGUACUUCUCCCAAGAGGAGUGGAGUCUCCUGGAUACAGUGCAGAGAGCCCUGUACCGUCAGGUGAUGCUGGAGAACUUCGCCCUCGUGGCUUCCCUGGGACUCUCUGCUUCCCGACCUCAUGUGGUUGUCAAGCUUCAGCGUGGUGAGGAACCCUGGGUCCCCAGUGGGAUGGCUAUGACCUCAGCCAGGAACCCACAGAAAAGGCUCAGUCCUAGUUCCCGACGUCCAGCAGAGAACAGAGAUGCUUCUGGAAAAGCAGCACUGCCAACAGCUUACCUCAGUAGCCUCCCUGGAGCAUCUUCUAGUGCCCUGCCCACUGCUGGUGCCUGGCACGCUGCAGGAAUUCAGGAGAGAAAACCCUCAGGGGUAUCGGUGAUCUACUGGGAAAGGCUUCUGCUAGGCUCAGGCAGCGGUGAUGCCCGCGUCAGCCUGCGACUGACCUCGCCCCUGAGUGCUCCUGGGGGCGGCACGUCCAGGGGCUUGGCCCCUGCAGACUGUCCCACCCCAACCUCUGAGCGCCAGAAGCGAUUCCCACAGCCAUGCUCUGGGCCAGCUUUCCCAAGUGUUCCAGCCUUUGAUGCUGGUCGUGCCAGAGGGGAACACAGAACGGUGGGUGCUACUUGGCAUGAACUUCAGAGAGUUCCGGAUGGCCAGGAUCCCCCAACAUGGCAGGAGCUGGGUGAGGCCCUCCACCCUGGCUCCGGCAGCCACCCUGGGGAGAAACCCUUUGAAUGCCGCGCAUGUAGCAAAGUGUUUGUGAAGAGUUCCGAUCUUCUCAAGCACCUGCGCACGCACACUGGGGAGCGGCCAUAUGAGUGUGCCCAGUGUGGCAAGGCCUUCAGCCAGACGUCACACCUGACGCAGCACCAGCGCAUCCACAGUGGUGAGACGCCCUAUGCGUGCCCAGCGUGCGGCAAGGCUUUCCGCCACAGCUCCUCGUUGGUACGGCACCAGCGCAUCCACACGGCUGAGAAGUCCUUCCGCUGCGGUGAGUGUGGCAAGGCCUUCAGCCACGGCUCCAACCUCAGCCAACACCGCAAGAUUCAUGCUGGUGGGCGGCCCUAUGCCUGCGCACAGUGCGGCCGCCGCUUCUGCCGCAACUCUCACCUAAUCCAGCACGAGCGCACGCACACAGGCGAGAAGCCAUAUGCGUGCACCCUGUGUGGCGCUGCCUUCAGCCAGGGCUCAUCGCUCUUCAAGCAUCAGCGCGUGCACACUGGCGAGAAGCCCUUCUCUUGUGGGCAGUGCGGCCGCGCUUUCAGCCACAGUUCCAAUCUGACACAGCACCAGCUACUGCACACUGGUGAGCGACCCUUCCGCUGUGGAGACUGUGGCAAGGCCUUUGCCAAAGGCGCCGUGCUGCUCAGCCACCGGCGCAUCCACACUGGUGAGAAGCCCUUUGUGUGUACACAGUGUGGCCGUGCCUUCCGCGAGCGCCCAGCUCUCUUCCACCACCAGAGGAUCCACACAGGGGAGAAGACAUCACAGCGGCCCAGGAAUGGCCCACGCCCCCAGGCCAGGCCUCCUCCUGGGGCGUCAUUUGAUGGUGUACCCCGGAAAGAAGCCGAGGGCACUCCCCCUCCCUGCCCACCAGCAGCUCCGAAACCAGCUGAAACUUGAGGUCACAGCACCAGAUGUCUGCCUUCUCUGAAUCCCUUCUAAGGCUACACAGGGCCAUGACCAUGGAAAGAAGCCUUGUGCACGUGAGUCUGGGGUGAGAGGACUCGAGCGGUGCAAGGGUUUGUCACUUCAGCCACCGCAGAUCGUACCUUCCCCCAGAGGUCAUUUUGCAGAAACAACAAGGCUGUGCUCCUGGCAGCUGGGACUUGGGAGGGGCAGAAUCCACAGAGUCACAGUGGCUGACAAUGGCAACCCAUCUUGAUGGUGCCACUUUGAGUGGGUGGCAUGGUGAGGAUGAUGAGUGAUAGUGUGGAGCACGGACAACCCAGAGAAGUUUCUCACAUUUGCAUACAGACGCUGGGCAGGAUGCUGGGGAUAUUACCCACAGGCCUCUGUUCAUCCAAGGCUCCCUAUGUGCUAGCCCAGGAGAUAGGGUACUAGCCUCAGGCAGGUAACUGGCUCUGAGCUGGGAAGAAGAUUCGGGAACACCCUUUGGGUUGGCAGACCCCCUGACAGGGGGAUCCUAGUGACAGCCAAAGCUGCUCUACCUUUUGGGCUUCUCUUGACAGCCCUGUGAGGUGACCGCCAUGGCUGCAACUCCCUGUAUCCACAAGGAGGAAGCAGGAACCCAGCUGGACUGGCUCAGAGCCUCCCUGUGUGCAGCUUAAAUCUGCCAUGGAUGAGGCCCUGGCCUGGCUCUCAGGAUGCACAGCAGGCCCUCAAAGGAACUUGUGAUUCUCAGCAUUAGGAAAGCAACAUUGAGAAGGACGGCUCCUGAUGACACUGUCACCUUUUCACCCACUCCUUCGUGGUGGACAAGCCCUCAUCCCACCUCUGGUUACCAAAGUCAGUGUUAAGGAACCUUUACUUCCAAGUGUUGGUUAUAGCUUUGGAGGAGACAAGAGAACGCUCAUUUUUUGCUGGGUUUGGUGGCCAUGUGCCCACCUCUUCUCAACCUAAUGGGAAGGUGGACAGAGCUGAAGGAGGAGGACUUGCCAUUACCUAAGACCAUGUCUCUUGCCCAUCUGAAAUAGCCCCUGUGUAAGGGCCCCAAGUGAUGAGAACCGAAGAGCAGAAGGGUCCAGUUUGCUUCCUGUGGCCUUCAGCAGACCCAACCUGGGGCCUCACCUCCAGGGAUAUUAGUGACCAUACUAGAGAAAAACACAAUCCACUAGUAUUUGACUUGGAAUGGAGGUAAGAUAACCUUAGCUUCCUCUUCUCAACUUCAGGGCAUGGUUCUAAUUUUCACAAGAAUUUAAAGAGGCUUUCUUAAAGAUUUCUUGUUAAUGUUAUUUUGUGAACAGUAACAGUCUGUCUUUUGUUUCACUUUUACGCAACGCAGAUAAUAUUAAAUGAAUGUAUGCAGACAUAC